UCCUGGCCCGAGCGGGGGCGGGCGGCGCGGAGGGCCCGGGGCCGCGGCGGGCGGGACUCAUGAAAUGGCCACAGAUGAUAAGACUUCCCCAACGUUGGAGUCUGCUAAUGAUUUGCCUCGAUCUCCUACUAGUCCUUCUCAUCUCACACACUUUAAACCUUUGACUCCUGAUCAGGACGAACCUCCUUUUAAAUCAGCGUACAGUUCUUUUGUAAAUCUCUUUCGAUUUAACAAAGAGAGAGUAGAGGGAGAGCAGCAGUUUCUGGGUGGAGGCUGGACCAGCCCUCAGCUCCCUUCCAGGACACAGUCUGUGAGGUCACCUACGCCUUAUAAAAAGCAGCUUCCUGAGGAGCUCCCUCGGCGGUCUUCAGCUGUGUUGGACACAAGGAGGAAAGCAGAACCUGCCUUUGGAGGCCAUGACCCUCGCGCGGCUGUUCAGCUUCGAAGCCUCAGCACAGUAUUAAAACGCCUCAAGGAAAUCAUGGAGGGGAAAAGCCAGGACAGUGACCUGAAGCAAUACUGGAUGCCGGACAGCCAGUGUAAGGAGUGCUACGACUGCAGCGAGAAGUUCACCACCUUCAGGCGCAGGCACCACUGCCGGCUGUGCGGGCAGAUUUUCUGCAGUCGCUGCUGUAAUCAGGAAAUCCCAGGAAAAUUUAUGGGCUAUACAGGGGACCUCCGAGCUUGCACGUACUGUAGAAAAAUCGCCUUAAAUUACGCUCAUUCCACAGACAGUAAUUCCAUUGGGGAGGACUUGAAUGCUCUUUCAGAUUCUGCUGCCUCUGUGUCUGUACUUGAUCCGAGUGAGCCCCGCACACCUGUUGGGAGUAGAAAAGCCAGCCGGAACAUCUUUUUAGAAGAUGAUUUUGCCUGGCAAAGUUUGAUUCAUCCAGACUCCUCAAAUACUGCUCUUUCAGCAAGACUUGUAUCUGUUCAAGAGGAUGCUGGGAAAUCUCCUGCUCGAAACAGAUCAGCCAGUAUUACUACCCUGUCACUGGAUCGAUCUGGUUCUCCCAUGGUACCUUCAUAUGAGACAUCUGUCAGUCCCCAAGCUAACCGAACAUACGUUAGGACAGAGACCACCGAGGAUGAACGCAAAAUUCUUCUGGACAGUGUUCAGUUAAAGGACCUGUGGAGGAAAAUCUGCCAUCACAGCAGUGGCAUGGAGUUCCAGGACCACCGCUACUGGCUGCGGACGCAUCCCAACUGCAUUGUAGGAAAGGAGCUGGUCAACUGGUUAAUCCGAAAUGGACACAUUGCUACAAGGGCUCAAGCUAUAGCGAUUGGACAAGCGAUGGUGGACGGACGGUGGCUGGACUGUGUCAGCCACCAUGACCAGCUCUUCCGGGACGAGUAUGCACUCUACAGACCCCUGCAGAGUACAGACUUCUCCGAGACCCCCUCUCCAGACAGUGACUCAGUGAACUCUGUGGAAGGACACUCUGAGCCAUCCUGGUUUAAAGACAUAAAGUUUGAUGACAGUGACACAGAACAGAUUGCUGAAGAAGGUGACGAUAAUUUGACUAACUCUGCCAGUCCUAGCAAGCGCACGUCAGUCAGCAGUUUCCAGUCCACAGUGGACAGUGACUCAGCUGCCUCCAUCAGCUUGAACGUGGAGCUGGACAACGUGAACUUCCACAUCAAGAAGCCCUCCAAGUACCCACAUGUGUCCCCUCACCCUGCUGACCAGAAAGAGUACUUGAUUACUGACAACGGAGGACAGCAGCUCUCGAUAAGUGACGCCUUCAUCAAAGAAUCCUUGUUUAAUCGUCGAGUUGAGGAGAAGUCUAAAGAGCUGCCUUUCACGCCCUUGGGCUGGCACCAUAACAGCCUGGAGCUGCUGCGGGAGGAGAAUGGAGAGAAGCAGGCCAUGGAGAGGCUGCUUUCAGCUAAUCAUAACCACAUGAUGGCACUGCUCCAACAGUUGCUCCAUAGUGAGUCAUUGUCACCAUCUUGGAGGGACGUCAUCGUAUCACUGGUCUGCCAGGUCGUUCAGACAGUCCGACCUGAUGUCAAGAACCGGGAUGACGACAUGGACAUCCGUCAGUUUGUCCACAUCAAAAAAAUCCCAGGUGGAAAGAAGUUUGAUUCUAUGGUUGUCAGUGGGUUUGUUUGUACCAAGAAUAUUGCACAUAAAAAGAUGAAUUCUUGCAUUAAAAACCCCAGGAUUCUUCUGUUGAAGUGUUCCGUUGAGUAUCUCUACAGAGAAGAAACUAAGUUUACCUGCAUUGACCCCAUCGUGCUUCAGGAAAGGGAAUUCUUGAAGAAUUAUGUUCAGCGAAUAGUCGAUGUUCGACCCACGUUGGUUCUGGUUGAGAAAACAGUGUCUCGGAUUGCCCAGGACAUGUUACUGGAGCAUGGCAUCACUUUGGUCAUUAAUGUCAAAUCACAAGUUUUAGAACGAAUCGGUCGGAUGACCCAAGGUGAUUUAGUGAUGUCGAUGGACCAGUUGCUUACAAAGCCCCACCUGGGCACCUGUCACAAAUUUUAUAUGCAGAUGUUUCAGCUGCCUAAUGAACAAACCAAGACACUCAUGUUUUUUGAAGGCUGUCCACAGCACCUGGGCUGUACAAUCAAGCUUAGAGGAGGCUCUGAUUAUGAGCUGGCUCGAGUUAAGGAGAUCCUCGUAUUUAUGAUCUGUGUAGCUUAUCAUUCUCAACUAGAAAUCUCCUUCCUCAUGGAUGAAUUUGCUAUGCCUCCUACGUUAACACAAAAUCGUUCCUUCCAUUCUCUGAUUGAGGGACAGGAGGAUGAAGGGGCUGCACAAGAGCAGCUCAGUGGAAGUCCCCUCUCCUGGGAGCCUGACGUCCCUCCGGAGCGUCUGCCCUCUGGUGAGAGCAGUUUGCUGGAAUCAAGGACUGUGUUUGAGAAGGGUGACCAGGAACUUAAAGGUGUUUCCCAGGAUGUCACCUCGGUGAAGCAUCAGGAGUAUGCCGCAGCAGCCUGCCCGGCGGGCGUCCCCUGUGCUCUCUUUCCGUCGGUCCCAGAAUCAUUGUUGCCACUGCAUGUGGACGACCAACAGGAUGCCAUAGGCAGUGAGCAGCCAGAGACUGUGCAGCAGACGGAUGAGCUGCAGGAUGCCAAAAGCCAGAUGAGAGCCUUUAGAGACCCUCUGCAGGACGACACUGGAUUGUAUGUUACUGAGGAAGUUACCUCUUCUGAGGAUAAACGGAAGACUUACUCCUUGGCCUUUAAACAGGAAUUAAAAGAUGUAAUCCUCUGUAUCUCUCCAGUCAUCACAUUUCGGGAGCCCUUCCUUUUAACUGAAAAGGGGAUGAGAUGCUCUCCCCGAGAUUAUUUCGCAGAGCAGGUUUACUGGUCUCCUCUGCUCAAUAAAGACUUCAAAGAAAUGGAGAGCAGGCGGAAGAAGCAGCUGCUGAGAGACCUUUCCGGCCUCCAGGGCCUGAACGGAAGUGUUCAGGCCAAGUCCAUUCAAGUGCUGCCCUCGCACGAGCUGGUGAGCACCAGGAUUGCCGAGCAUCUGGGUGACAGCCAGAGCUUGGGCAGAAUGCUGGCCGAUUAUCGGGCCAGAGGAGGGAGAAUUCAGCACAACGGUUCAGACCCUUUUGCUCAUUCAAGGGAUGUGUCAGGUUCUUCAAGUGGCAAAUCAGGAAGCAGAACUGAGGGCGACGAAGAGAAAGGGCUGAUGCCAAGUGAUGCGGUGUGGUCGACAAAGGUGGACUGUCUGAACCCUGUGCACCACCAGCGGCUGUGUGUGCUCUUCAGCAGCUCUUCUGCCCAGUCCAGCAAUGCUCCCGGUGCCUGUGUCAGUCCUUGGAUUGUAACAAUGGAAUUUUAUGGAAAGAAUGAUCUUACAUUAGGAAUAUUUUUGGAGAGAUACUGUUUCAGGCCUUCUUACCAGUGUCCUAGCAUGUUCUGUGAUACCCCCAUGGUGCAUCACAUUCGGCGCUUUGUCCACGGCCAAGGCUGUGUGCAGAUAAUCCUGAAGGAGCUGGAUUCUCCAGUACCUGGAUAUCAACAUACAAUUCUCACCUAUUCCUGGUGCAGAGUCUGCAAACAGGUAACGCCAGUGGUUGCUCUUUCCAGUGAGUCCUGGUCCAUGUCAUUUGCCAAAUACCUUGAACUGAGGUUUUAUGGGUACCAGUACACGCGUAGAGCCAAUGCUGAGCCGUGUGGUCACUCCAUCCACCACGAUUAUCACCAGUAUUUCUCCUAUAACCAGAUGGUGGCGUCUUUCAGUUAUUCUCCCAUUCGGCUUCUUGAAGUAUGUGUUCCACUCCCCAAAAUAUUCAUUAAACGUCAGGCCCCAUUAAAAGUGUCCCUUCUCCAGGAUCUGAAGGACUUCUUCCAAAAAGUUUCACAAGUAUAUCUUGCUGUUGAUGAAAGACUUGCAUCUUUGAAAACUGAUACGUUUAGCAAAACAAGAGAGGAAAAAAUGGAAGAUAUCUUUGCACAAAAAGAGAUGGAAGAAGGCGAGUUCAAGAACUGGAUUGAGAAAAUGCAGGCAAGGCUCCUGUCUUCCUCUCUAGACACCCCUCAGCAGCUGCAGUCGGUCCUGGAGUCCCUCAUUGCCAAGAAGCAAAGCCUCUGUGAGGUGCUGCAGGCCUGGAAUAACAGGUUGCAGGACCUUUUCCAGCAGGAAAAGGGUAGAAAGCGGCCUUCAGUUCCUCCAAGUCCUGGGAGACUGAGGCAAGGGGAAGAAAGCAAGAUAAGUGCAAUGGAUGCAUCUCCGCGGAAUGUUUCUCCAGGACUUCAAAAUGGAGAAAAAGAGGACCGCUUCUUAACGGCCGUCUCCAGCCAGGGCUCCACCUCUUCCGCCCAUCUCCAGUUGCCCAGUCCCCCUGAAGUCCUGCCGGAGCCGGCAGGGGGAGGGCCCCCCGAGCCAGAUGCAGCCAGCAGUUCCGAAGAUGUGUUUGAUGGACAUUUGCUGGGAUCCACAGACAGCCAGGUGAAGGAAAAAUCAACCAUGAAGGCUAUCUUUGCAAAUCUGCUUCCAGGAAAUAGCUAUAACCCUAUUCCAUUUCCUUUUGAUCCAGACAAACACUACUUGAUGUGCGAACACGAGCGGGUGCCCAUUGCCGUCUGUGAGAAGGAGCCCAGCUCCAUCAUCGCUUUCGCUCUCAGUUGUAAAGAAUACCGAAAUGCCUUAGAGGAAUUGUCCAAAGCAACUCUGCGGAACAGUGCUGAAGAAGGGCUUCCGACAAAUAGUACCUUCGACAGCAGACCGAAGAGUGGCAGUCCUGUGAGGUUACCUGAGUUCAGUGGAGGCUGUCCAAACCGCGCAGCAGAGGCUGAGCCACAGCCAAGUAAGAGCACAGCCAAAAAGGCUUCUGGAAUGUUAUCCUUCUUCCGAGGGACAGCAGGGAAAAGCCCUGACCUCUCUUCCCAGAAGAGAGAGACCUUACGUGGAGCAGAUAGUGCUUACUACCAGGUUGGGCAGCCGGGCAAGGAGGGGACGGAGAGUCAAGGCCCUGAGCCUCCAGAUGAGGUAGAUGGAGGAGAUACACAAAAGAAACAACUCACAAAUCCUCAUGUGGAACUUCAAUUUUCCGACGCUAACGCCAAGUUUUACUGUCGGCUCUACUAUGCGGGAGAGUUUCAUAAGAUGCGAGAGGUGAUUCUGGGCAGCAGUGAGGAGGACUUCAUCCGUUCCCUCUCCCACUCGUCACCCUGGCAGGCCCGAGGAGGCAAAUCCGGAGCUGCCUUUUACGCGACGGAAGAUGAUAGGUUCAUUUUGAAGCAGAUGCCUCGUCUGGAAGUCCAGUCUUUCCUCGACUUUGCACCACACUACUUCACGUAUAUCACAAAUGCUGUCCAACAAAAGAGGCCUACUGCAUUGGCCAAAAUUCUUGGAGUUUACAGAAUUGGUUAUAAGAAUUCUCAGAACAACACUGAGAAGAAGUUAGAUCUGCUUGUCAUGGAAAAUCUUUUCUACGGGAGAAAGAUGGCACAGGUUUUUGAUUUGAAGGGUUCACUUAGGAAUAGAAAUGUGAAAACUGAUACUGGGAAAGAGAGUUGUGAUGUAGUCCUGCUGGAUGAAAAUCUCCUCAGGAUGGUCCGAGACAACCCUCUGUACAUCCGCUCUCAUUCCAAAGCUGUGCUGAGAGCUUCCAUCCGGAGCGACUCCCACUUCCUCUCCAGCCACCUCAUCAUUGAUUACUCUUUGCUGGUUGGGCGAGAUGACACGAGCAAUGAGCUGGUCGUUGGGAUUAUAGAUUAUAUUCGAACAUUUACAUGGGACAAAAAACUUGAGAUGGUUGUGAAAUCAACAGGAAUUUUAGGAGGACAAGGUAAAAUGCCAACUGUGGUCUCUCCAGAGUUGUACAGGACGCGAUUUUGUGAAGCAAUGGACAAGUAUUUCCUGAUGGUACCAGACCACUGGACAGGCUUGGGUCUGAACUGCUGAAACGUGCACACAUUUUGAAAUGGACCGUGAAGGGAAGGGGCUGGGACAAAGGACCAGAAACAAGCUACAUAUUUUCUUUCUUCAUCACAUUCCCCACCACACACCAAGGUCUUUCAGUUAUGCAGCACUCGGGCCGUCUGUCCCUGAAGGGUUCAAGCUCCGAGGCUUUGCACUCUGUACUCUGCUACCUAAGGAUCAGCUGUCCGCAGGCUGGGCAGUUGCAUGAACGUUUUUGCACUUAAGCUGACAGAUUUCAAAGGGCUGAAGACUAAUGUAUGGUUAGAGAUGAGGAGAUAGAGUGAAAAACUCGUUGCUGGAAUUGCUAACGAAGAAGACAGUGUCACAGAGGUUGUGACCGUCCUGCGUCACAGGCAAAACGGGCUUUACGUUGAGAGCAUUUGUAGAGCUGCCGGGUCUGUUCUCUGUUUCUUAUGUGACAAUUUGAUACUGCCUAUUAUCAGAAUUUCUGAAACCUUUAAAGAUUCUGAAUUACUCUAUUAAUGGCCAGUUAAACAGAUUGACACAAUCUGUUCUUGUUUUAUUGAGGAAUUUGACUUAAAUUGGGGAUCCUGCCAUGUUCUGCAUCUGCCCUGUUUUCGAGUAUGUUUGAUGUUUUUCAAGCUCUGUCUUUACUUCUCUGUGGUGACAGGAGGCUACAGCCAUUAACUUGAGCCUUUUUCGGGAGGUAUUUUUUAAGCUUGUUUACAACUUGCGUGCAGUUCAUGUGUAAGCUGUACUUAUCUGCACAUGCUCAUAUUCUAGGUUUUCCCCCACUUUCAGGGAAACAUUAGUGAGUGAGUCCACAAUGACUAAAUCCCCAAAGGGAAAAUUAUUAAUGAAGGAUUUUUUUUAAAUAUAAAAAAUAAAUUAGACCCGAUCCCAGGAACUGGGUGAGACGGAAGCACUUGCUUGUUAUUUGUGGAGGUAAAGUGUCUUUUUCAAAAUAACCAGCAAUGAAAGUCACUUCUAUAAAAUUAAGAAGUUUCUAAUGUGGACAUCCCUGUUUCCUAACAUUCUGUGCCAGUUUCUAGGCCAGUUCUGACUAUUGAGAGAUGUUGAGAUAUAAUAUUCUUAGUAAGGAACUUCUUGUUGAAUCGCGUUUUUCUUUGUUUAAAAGGAGAUCAGAAGUACUAAACGGUCCUUGAGGAGAUUCCGUAACCCUGGAAGUCUGUUCUUGGCUUCGUUCCAUAACAGGGAUAAUUUGGGAUUUAUCAAGUUUUAGGGGUUCCACUCUUUUUAGGCUUCCUGUGAUCGCUCAUUUCUGUUGUAACUUUCACAUAAGAAGAAGAAGGAGUCUGAAUACAUUCCAUUUACAGAGGCUAUAAGUAGACGGAGUAGGAACAUUUUGGAAAGUUUGCCGUGGAGAAUGAAAGCGUUAGUUUGGUGUUUGGUGCUUAUUAGAAACAUGGUUUGUUUUGAACUGGAAACAAGUUGGCCAAGGGCUUAGGGCUGAUCUGAUGAUAAGCAUUUUUGAAAAACAUGUGGUGUGCCUUUUGAAAACAUACAAAACACUGAUUAUUUUAGUUUUGAUAUCAAAGGCGAGUAAAGGGCUUGUUCAGGAGUGAGAGACGUGCAACGUUAUCAGCUCACGUGCCAGGAGCGAGGGGUUUGGGUCUUGCUUUGAGGAAACACUCUUCUGCCUCUCGGUUUAUGUGUUCUGCCCAGACUCUGCGGCUUGUGUAUCCUGCCCACGUCUGCCCCUGGUCUUGAACGCUUGUGGAAGGAGUGUCCCCUACUGUAAGUGCUGGUUUCUCUGCUUUAGUCCCAGUACGAUGUGUGGCUGGAGUGUUCUGCUGGGACAGCUCAGGACAACGGUGUGUCCUAUUGGCUUUGUUUUCCUUGCCCAGGACUCGAAGAACUAUUUUUUAAGGUACUGCUGCCUCUUAGGUAAUUGUGUGGCUAAGAAAGAUGCGGGUAUAAUAUAAUCUGCAGCAAGAGUUGCUGCCUUGCAAGGGCAUCUGUGCGUUUAAAGCUGACAAGGAAGGGGAAAUGCGAACUGGGUGUGUCUGGAGCGGCAGAGCGGUGCCGGGCCGUGCUGGGCCUCCGUGUAGCUGUGUCACAUGCUGUGCUGCUCGGGGAGGCGCUGGGUCGCUGCUGCCUCUCGUCAGUUCCGUUUCCAGGCCGGAGGGCGUUCAUACGGAGAAGUUAGCAGUGAGGGAGAAAUCUUAAUACUUUCUUCCUCAGAAAAAUUGUGAAUCCCAAGAGUAAUUGAUAGUAGCACAAGAAGGCUGUGUAAACAUGUUGCGUUGGUAAAAAUCUUAUUUAUACAUGUGAAGCUUUUUGAUGCCAUUAAAACUACUGAAAAAUAAAAAGGAUUUACUUUUUUCUAACCCAAGCCUAAGAAAAAUAAGGGGAGUAAGCUGUUACAAGCCCCUCUGUAGUCUGUUGAAUAUUUAAAAUUUAUAGAUACUCAAAAUUUCCUUCAAGAUGUCCUACUCUGGUUUUUCCCUGGGUCAGCAGUGAGCGGUUUUCUGGCUCUGGCCUUCACCGGGUCUUCUAAAUAGUAGGGUUGUGUUGGUUUUUGUGGCCUCAGCUUCUCCCUGGCAUUUGACCCGUCAGCGCUGGGCAAAACUGACAAGGAAAGUCAUCUCCCUGUAGAAAGUUCACUUCGCUGGCAAAUGAAAACCGUUGUGAAUGAGCCUGACGGUGAAACGGCUCGGGCCAUCCACUCUCCUCGAGUGUUGACC